GAUUACUUAAUGAUGCUUUCAAUCAGGAUUCAUUUGAUAUUUUUACUAACUGAAUACUCAACUCACUGAGCUUAUUACAGUCACCUCCAUUCAAAAUCAUCAAGUACUUGGUGAAAAAUACUUACGUGUACUGUUAUGUAAUGCAACAGUGUAUGACUUAUUGCUUUUGUAACAUUUUUGUCCCACUGGGAAUGAUCAACAUAGAUUUUUGAAGGGAAAUGUAGGUCCAAACGAUCAGUCAAAAUUUCAUCGAAAAAAGCAAAAAAAAAUCGCUGAGUCCAGAUGCUGAGUUCGAGGAAACACUUCAUGCCAUGACUGAUCUCUAUGGACAAACACCUCCAAGAACACGCUUUAACAGAAGGCAGAGAGAAAAAAAACAAAAAGAUAUCGAAGUAGAGGUGAAGUCUUCGCCAAAAACUGUCCACUGUCGGCCACAAAUAACUAGACGCAAUACAUUUGAUACGAUGCUGUUCAAUGAAAUGUGUGACAGAGCGGAUAAAGAUAGAGACAAAGAAACGGAGGGUGAGGCCAUUAAGGAAGGCAGUCGCAGAAAUAAGAGGAACUUGAAAUUGCUGCGAGGUUCUGAACGGGAUUUGAAGUUGGACGUUUCGGCAGCUGUUAGUUACGGGGAAAGGGCAGAGAAGCCAUUAGUUACAACACCAAUUAUAAAAAUUGAAACUAGAAAUCGAUUUCGUAGUUUACGCUCAAAGCCAGUAGAUGUGGAGGAAAACAGACACAAAGAUGAUAUCACUGAAUCACAACAAGAAACCAAAAAUGAUCUUGCCGCUAAGUCUCCAAAAUCUUUAAGUCUGAAAGAGCGAGAGAUUUUUCAUGACACAUUUUCAUUCUUAAUCAAGCUAGGUAGUUCUGACAAAGAGCGUAACUGUCGUCGUCAAAUGAGCAGUGAAGAGACGAGAUGGCAGAAUGAGUUGAAAGACUUAAUUUGGCUAGAACUGCAAGCUCAUCAUGCUGACCGUACUCCAACAGCACAGGAUGAAUAUUUGUGCAAACAGCGAGAAGCCGUUGGCGCUUUACUGAAAGAGAUUAUGGAAUACAGGUUUUAUCCACAGAGUUCCUCUGAUCCUGGCUCAGCAUCCAUCAUCUCUAGUGAUAGUGGUAUAGAAGACGCCGUAAAUUCAGCUAUGUUUCCGACUUUUGAUGCAAGUCCGUGUCCUGGUUGUCUAUCGAUGCAUUGUCGGUCCUGUUGCCGGGCUCAAACAGAUGCGUUGAAACAGGUGGAAGGGCUUUUGGGAAGAUUGGAAGCAGCAGAAGCUCUUUACCCAUCGUCACAUGCACUAGCAAGCCAGUACCCAAUGUACAAGAGUCCAGAAUUCAUUGGCAGAGUCAAAGCAUUGUGUCUCUGGUAUAACAUGACCAAGCAUCAAAAAUUAAAAUUAUUAAUCCUCGGUAGACUUUUGAGAUUUCUACACACCAAGAAGAGACCAGAAGAAACGGUUGACUCAGGGACAAGUUCGAGGUCAUCGGACACAUUAGAUUCUGUAGAUGCAAAUUCUAUCACACGUCAAUGUCUAGUUCGCUUUGACUUACCACCUGGAGAAAAUACCAGCCCUAGUGACAGUAAUAACAGUACAUCAUCUUUAGAAACGACGUCAUUUAACCGCUAUUGGCCAUCAACACCUGAUUCGGGAAUGUUUACUCCAGUGGAAGAUGAAAGGAACCAUUUGGAUUUUUAUCUCAUGGAAUUUGACCGUCUCUCGUAUAGAAAGUACAUAGAAGAUGUUUUAAAAAUUCGAGGCCUUCGAAAGAGCUUGCACUUCUUAGAAAAAUUACAUACAUCGGUUUUACGAAAAGCCAGACUGACAUUAGAAAAAUACGAUGACAGCAAUCUGGAAAAUAGUACUGGCGAAGAGUACGAAGGUGAUGCUGAGUUAAGGAGGUAUGGUACUUGGAGCCCCGAGGCAAGAGAAUUGCAUUUGCCAUCUUACAGGGCAGCUUUUGUAUUUCUUUCACGUGUGCCAUUGGACUUGGUCCACGAAUUCUUGAGAAUGAGAUUAGAACAAAAACCUGAGCAGCCUAGUGCUCUGUCAGUUCGGCAGUUGAUGCGAGAACUACGUGAAGGAUUAAAGAUUGCAUGCAUACAUCGUGAGAGAUUUCGAGCGCAUUCAUGUGCAGUUAUCGCAGCAGAUGGAGAAACUAGUACAACGUUGUUUUGUGAAGAUAUCAAAGAUUUUGACCAAAGUUUGAAAGCAGUGUUUGAAGUAUAUUUACAUUAUUUGGAACAAUGGGUUGGCAUGGUUGAAUAUGAGAGUUGUCAUAAAAAUCUCAUCGAAGAUGAAUGGGCCUUCGUCACGUCCAUUGCUGAUGAUAUAUCGGAUGGAUAUGCCAUAGCCAGCAUCAAAUUUUGCGGAAUAGCAUGUACGAUGUUGUAUCAGGCUAAAGAAUUCAUAGCGAACCGACCCAGAGAAAUCAUGGAAGUCAUGUCUUCCGAAGAGGGCGAAGAUGAGAUAUCAAAAUAUCAAAUUAUGUCAGCUGCUAGAGAAAUACAGGGGAUGUUUGUCGUUGCUAAAGAUAGGGUAAUGCGGAAUAUUACCUUUGCCAAAUCCUUGAAACAGGACAUUCAGCAAUUAGCACAAACGCCCGAGGUUGCGGAGACGAUCAACAAGUUGAAGAUAGCAGUUAUGGAUCUUCGACACCAAAUCACAUCUACAAUUGAAGAUGUUCAAAAUGGGAUCAAUCAAAGUGAGCAACCCAAAAUUGAAUCAGAGCGUAUAACCAUGCGCUCCAGAUCAAGAGAAAUUUUACAUCAAGCCUUCAAGAUGGGCUUCGAAUAUCAUAAAGAAUUAUGCAAACUGUUCUCAUGUGAGGAAAGAUCGGUAUUGGCUCGAGGAUUAGUUAGCUUUGCUUUGUUGUGGAUGGAUUUCGUUAAAACUUGUUGCGACAGAGGCAGGGGCUUGAGACCAAGAUGGGCAAACCAAGGCUUGGACUUCCUCAUGACUGUUUGUGAACCGUUGAACACAAAACAUCUAACAGACCAGGAGUUCGAGGAGUUGAAGACAUGUAUGGACCGCUGUAUUUCACAUGUAAUUGGAACAGCUGCAGUCAGUUCGCCCGGAGAUGUAGAAAAUUUGAGAAAAUCUCCCCGUUCACGAACAGCAUCCCCAGCUCGUCUGCGAAGCAGAACAACGAACAAAAGUAAUUUGCAAAAAAAUCGCGAAACUCUGGAAUUCCCAGAAUCACCAGUGUCAACAAUGAAAAUCACUUCACCAAGUAUAACAGAUGGAGUAUCGGCAGUGACGCUAUCGGUACCUGAACACCCAGGACUAGCUAGGCACCAUCGAGUAGCAUUGGCUGUGAAACGUCUAGAUCAAGAAUUAGAGGAAAAUUUAAAAAAUAAACAAGUAAUUGGGCAAAUAACAGAAAGAAGGGCAGCUGACAGACCUCACAUUAAAUCAAGAAGAGUUACAUUUACAUGGCAGCGUGGUAUAAAAAUAGGUCAGGGACGCUUUGGAAAAGUGUACACAGUAGUCAAUAAUAGAACUGGCGAACUUCUGGCUAUGAAAGAGGUUCAAUUGCAGCCAGGCGAUCACAGGGCUAUUCGAAGGGUUGCUGAGGAGUUGCAAAUAUUUGAAGGGAUUCAGCAUAAACAUUUGGUCCACUAUCACGGAGUCGAAAUACAUAGGGAGGAAAUGCUUAUUUUCAUGGAAUUCUGUGCCGAGGGAACGCUAGAAAGCCUAGUCGCAGGCAGUGGAAAUGGUCUACCUGAACCUCUGGUUAGAAAAUAUACUCACCAACUCCUAUUAGCCGUUUCCGUAUUACAUUACCAUGGUGUCGUCCAUCGAGAUAUUAAGACUGCAAAUGUAUUUUUAACUGAUGAAGAAAAUUGUCUCAAACUUGGAGAUUUUGGAUCAGCAGUAAAGAUUAAAGCUCACACAACAAUGCCUGGAGAACUUCAGGGCUUUGUGGGAACACAAGCAUACAUGGCUCCUGAAGUUUUUAUGAAAACUGAAUCUGAGGGACAUGGUAGAGCUGCAGAUAUUUGGUCAGUGGGUUGUUGCGUCGUUGAGAUGUCUAGCGGGAAAAGGCCUUGGGCGGAAUAUGACUCAAAUUAUCAAAUCAUGUUUAAGGUUGGGAUGGGUGAAAGUCCAGCACCUCCUAAGCAUCUUUCAAUUGAGGGCGUGGAAUUCAUUGAUAAGUGUUUACAACACGAUCCAAAGUUACGUCCGACUGCACUUGAAUUGUUGGAAGAAACAUUUGUCCGAAUGUGUGACGAUGACAGAUGAACAAAAAAGUUUCAUUGAUUGUUGUCUUUCAAUGAUACUAUGCCUUGACAAUGACAAUUCAUUUAGCAUAUUGGUAGAUGAAGUCUCCGAAGUAGCAUUAAAACGAUAUUUUUACAGCUCAACCCUUAUAGACGAAAAAUUGUAGCUACAUGCAGCUUAUAUUUCAUGUUUGUGUAUCGGCUUAACACAUAUUCCCAUUUUAUUGAAUGUUGAAUGUAAUGAUCUUAUUGGUACACACCCUCAAAGAACCACAUUAUUUUAUUAAUGUAUAUUUGAUGUUAUCAGAAUAAGGGAUAGACGGUAUUAUCACAUGUGAUAUAUUUUUCGAGCAAAUUUUGCCCAUGUAGUAGAUGUUAUUAAUUUACUGUCAGUACGACAGUUUUUCACAGCUAUUUUUAUUAUGUUUAGUUAAUGGUCCAAAUGCAGCAGAAAAUUGAGAUGUUGAUGCGAUACGGAUUAUAAUUCUGACAUGAGACUUGUGUCUGAGAGUUCGAAUUUAUUAUGAUUUUAUGUAUGCCGACGAACUUUGCAGCCCAUAAACUGAGCAACCCGAGCAGGUAAUGGUGAAUCAUUUUGUCGGAACUAUAAAAUUUGCCAUGUUAGUUCGUUGAUUCCUUUUUUCGAGCGACAACCGUUUUCGUCUUAUUGACCUAAGAAAAUGUAUAGUAUGAAUGUAUGAUGUUCAAGAUAUUCUGUGUCGAUGUAUUCGCUCUUAAAAUAUUGUUGAUUUUUAUUCUUGUUUUACACCAAUUGUUAAUAAUUUUUUCGCAGAAUUUAGUGCAAUUUCUGAGAGUCUAUACAGGUACUUAAACCUCAUUGCUCCUAUUCAUCAAUUAUUCAAAUAUGUAACAUUCCUGGAUGUCCAAAAUUUAUUACGCAACUUAAAAAUGAAUCGUCAAUCAUCACUGAGACCUCAGAGAAUGUUGACGAUCAGUGUUUAGUAAAUUAUGCAACCAACUUUUUUGAGUGUUCACAAUAUACCUGAAUCUUGGUAUCGUCACGGACAACGAAAUUACGAUGCGGUUUACUAAACAUAAACUUGAGUACUAGCAUAAUAUUGUAUAUACCUGUGUAUUGCAAUUCAUUGCAUAGAGCACGACAGUGUACUUUGAAUAAAAUCCAAGCCACACGUUGAAA